CGGAGGCAGACAGAGCUCGGGUACCGUUAACAACGGGCAGCGGCGGUACAGCGUCCUUUUCCCUCCGGUUUAACGGAACAAAGCCGGGAUACAAGAGGACGGGAAUCAUGGGAAAUAUUCCAGGAAGGUGCGAGUACAGCAGCCACGGACAGUACCGCUCGUUUAAUGACGUAAAUCAGGGAAUAUAACCGCUAACGGCAAAACCACAGAACACGUCGGGCCACUGUUUCUCCAUCUCCACCAUUUUGGUUGUCAGUGAUGGAGCACAUCCGGACGCCCAAGGUGGAAAAUGUGCGCCUUCUGGACCGGUCAUCAGGACAGAGAAAGGCCAGCAUUGGGACUCUCUACCUGUCUGCCACGCACACCAUCUUCGUAGAGAACAAUCCUGAGACGCGCAAGGAGACAUGGGUGUUGCACAGUAUGGUGAGCAGUGUGGAGAGGCCACCCACCAUCCCCGCAGGAAGUCAGCUGAUCCUGCGCUGUAAGGACUUUCGGGUCUUCCAGAUCCUCAUUCCGCAGGAGAGAGAUUGUCUAGAUGUCCACACGUCAUUGGUCAGAUUAUCACGACCAGAGAAGUACAGUGAGCUGUACUGCCUGUCCUUCAACCCCAAUGUGAACAAAGUGGAGAGAGAAGAGUCCUGGAACUUCAUAGACCUCAUGGCCGACUACAAGAGGAUGGGAGUCCCUAAUAACUUGUGGGUCGCUACAGCAGCCAACAGCGAAUACAGGGUGUGUGACACGUACCCAUCAGAGCUCUUUGUUCCAAAGUCAGCCACACCCGCCAUCAUCGUAGGCAGCUCAAGGUUUAGGAGUCGAGGACGAUUUCCUGCUCUGUCCUACUUCCACCAGGACACACUGGCAGCAGUGUGUCGGUGCAGUCAGCCGCUGUCCGGCUUCAGCGGACGCUGUCAAGAGGAUGAGAUGAUGCUCCAAUCUGUGAUGAAGUCCAACCCUGGCAGUGACUACAUCUAUGUGGUGGACACAAGGCCUAAGCUGAACGCCAUGGCAAAUCGAGCAGCAGGUAAAGGCUACGAGAACGAGGACCACUACACCAACAUCAAGCUGCAGUUCAUCGGCAUCGAAAACAUUCACGUUAUGAGGAGCAGCCAGCAGAAAAUCAUCGACGUUGGCGAGAUGAGAGCUCCGUCCAUGACUGACUUUCUGUACGGUCUGGAGAACUCGGGUUGGCUCAAACAUAUUAAAGCCAUACUGGACGCUGGGCUCUUCAUAGCCAGGGCAGUUGCUGAUGAGGGUGUCAGUGUGUUGGUUCACUGUUCAGAUGGCUGGGACAGGACGGCCCAGGCCUGCUCUGUAGCCAGUAUACUGUUGGACCCGCACUACAGAACCAUUAAAGGACUCAUGAUGCUGAUAGAGAGAGACUGGGUUUCCUUCGGGCACAAGUUCUCCCACAGGUAUGCCCACCUGGAUGGAGAUCCCAAGGAGGUGUCUCCUGUCAUCGAUCAGUUUCUGGAGUGUGUGUGGCAGCUGUCUGAGCAGUUCCCAUGUGCCUUUGAGUUCAACGAGCGCUUUCUCAUCGCCAUUCACACGCACAUCUACUCCUGUCAGUACGGGACCUUCCUGGGCAACUGCCAGAAGGAAAGAAGGGAUAUGAGGCUUCAUGAGCGGAGUCAUUCUGUGUGGCCUCAGCUGUGGAAGGACAGAGCCGAGUACGCCAACCCUCUGUACAAGGCUGAGCUGAGCCAGAGUCAGGGCAUCCUGAGACCCAACACCACCCCCUUCUGCUUCAAGAUGUGGAAGGGUCUCUAUAACCAUGUGGAGAAAUCAACGCCGCCUCGCCAGUCGCCUGCUGACUUCCUGUCUGCUGUGAGGGAGGAGUCCCAGCAGCUGGAGGAGGAACUGACCAAUCACCAGGAGAGGAUAGCAGCCCUGACAGGGAAGCCAAUCACAUGGGAGAAGGUCAGUGUUCCGAGGAGGAGGACUAGCCAGCUGCGGCAGAAACACUGCGGGCCCGACCCACCCACCACCUAUACAGACCCAAUCACCAGCCCUGCACAGGACAACGGCCACGCCCUCUCCUCUGAACCAGCCAACUGGAAGACUCAGACCAAGGACCCUGAUCUCACCCUGCCUCUACGAGCACAUGCACAGCUCAAGAGUCACAACCCUGAUGACCUCUCCACCUGCAGCGACCUGGAGUCAGGCGUGGCUGACCUCAGCAGCCGCUCGUCCAGCGGUGGGGACGACGGCAAGGACCCGGACUCGGACGAGGCUGUCUUCACUACUGCCUGACUUGAAAAAAGGGAACCCUGAAAAAAAGGAAUGACUGCUGUUACAGUAGAUCCCCCAAAAAUAUUUAUUCAAACACCUGGAGGGGAGCGGAGGCAGACUGCGAUGAGGUAAAGAUGGCUACUGACUGAAAGGCAGUUGGAUUUUAUCUCUCGUUUCAAACUGUAGUUUGUCUCAUUCCUUUCAGUCUAAAGGAGUCACAGUGAAUUAGGAAGAAACCUCGCCGGCUGUUCUUCAGUUCACCUUGUUGACGAAGGCACUGAAAGACAUUUAAUUUAACAUUUUUUAAAUUUAAUUUUGUUGUUGAAGAAGGCCUGUUUUUUAUAUGUGGAUGGACUUGUUGCUGUCAUUUUUACCUUGUUUAAGGAAUGCACUAUUAGUACUGUGAGAGGGAUCAACGUUACAUGAAAUCAGCCUGAAAUAAUGUACGACAGGCUCGAUGAGGGGAGAGUGACAGUCCGAUGAAAACACUUUCAGAGAGUAGAACAAACACACUCACUACACAAAGCUUAACUCUUAUAUUUAUCUCAUCUUCUCAUCGCCAAACGCGUCCGCUCUUCAAGCAAAUCUAAACAUCAUUUGCAAUUUACCAAAUGAUUCAUUUACAGUCUUCCCUCUUCUUAAGUGUAAAAUAAUAUUCAUCAUGAUAGUAAUCAUAAAAGUAUUUCCUUUCAGGGCAGUUAGUUAGACAUUUUAUCUUUAGACGCACUGGAAGAAGCGGAUGUGUGUGCUGACCUGUUGUCGGUAACGUCAUAUCUGUCAUAACUAUUCCACAGUCUGGACCAAGUUAGGUGUGAGGGGCCACCAGUAAUAUACUGUAACUCAGUAAUGAUGUAAUCAGAAGCUGAUUCAGAGGCACAUAUAUUUUGCUUAUUUGUUCAUGUAGAGGAAAGCAGAUUUUUCCAGUGAGUUUUAGGGUUUUCAUACGUGGACAAUGUUCAGCCUCACCCUGAAUCAGCCCUCCAUCGUUCCAUUUGAAGCUUUAUUUGAGUGAAAGAACGGAAAUCAAGCUAGAAAGUUGCCACUUGGGAAAAUAUAAAAUAUUCAACUGUGUAGUCUAAACACUGGGAGGCCUCUCAGUUUCUUCCCUGACCUGAAUUUGAAGGGAAACCUUGUCUUCGGUAGCACUCAAGUCUUAAAUGAUUUCUUAUGCGAAAGCAUAUUGCUCCAGAAAACAAAAAUCUGCCACUAGGGGUCAGUAUUUAGAAACCAGAGAGUUCAAAGCUAUGACGCUUUAGAUGGAGUAAUGUGAAUCCUCCAAAUGCUCUUUUUAAAAAUAUAAGUUUGCUCUUACAGUUGUGAUGGACAUAAAGGAAGAGAAUAUGGUCAUCGGAUUCAACAAGAACAAAAUGUGAACAAAAGUAUGAAUGUUUAUUUAAAACCAUGUAUUUUUUAUGUUUGAGUGUACUGUCAACAUCCUAUAUCCACACUGAUGUGAUGAUAUUUAUUCUUGGACCAACUGAAUCCUUGCGAUGAUGACGUGGACAUCAUGAGAUCAGUGAAAUUUGUCGGAUGCUGCUUCGACUCUCAUUAUAUAGACUGUGUUUGACUGAUGUGUGCUCUCAGAACUUAAGAAGUUAUAGUUUGUGUCCUUUCAGGUGAGCUGUAACUUUUUACAUUCCCGUUUAGAAUAAUGACAAACAACAAGAACUCUGUGAGAAAAUGUCCAGAGAGAUUGUUUCGUGGUCUGUGCACUGUCCAGAGGGAUCUCUCUGUGAUUCCAUAUUUUAACAAGCAUAUACAAUGUCUGGUCAUAUGGUAUCUAAGAACUGACCUACUGAAACACAUUGUCAUGUUAGUGUAACGCUGACAGUAAAAACCUGCUGUGGCUCCAGGUAAACAUGACUGGCUCCAUGUUCAUCUUUAAUGUGGGUGGACAGACUGUAACAGACACAUGCUCAAUGAGUAACACAUCUCAAAGCUGCUGACAGCUGGUGUGUUUCACUGAGGACCACCUGUAAGACUGAAUGGGUUAGCACAGAUAUUGUCACGUAGCCCACAGAUUUUAAGAACAAUUGGCCUCAUGCAGCAACACUCUCUUAAAUUGCUCAUAUAUUUUCUCCUAAUUUUCUAAGAAACAAUAAGAGAAGUCAACUCCAAAUCUGCUCUUACCCAGGUGUGCUGAUUAAUGAAUCCCACUUGAUCAUAAAUCAGAGGUGCAUGGCCCAUUUUUUGUUAUUAACAUAGGUUACACCCCCGAAACACUACAUAAGGACAGGUGUUCUGCUGACCAAUGCCUUCUAACUGGAGCGAUGCCACCAAGAAAAGGGUACCAAGAAGAGGAACUUCUGCAGUUGUGGAUUUGACGCACUGUUAGAUAAACUUUGACGAAGUAAAUGUGAAUGUGUUAAGUCAAAAACCUAGCACCAUGGCAGAACAUUUGUGAUGCUGUGAAUGCUGUCAGCAGAGGGCCAAAGCAUCUGAGAGCAGUACGUAAUCCAUUCAGAAGAUGAACACGUAAUGUCAUCCAAGGGUUUUAUAGUGUAUAUUGGGACCAAUGGACCAAUAGUAUGUCUUUAGCCCACAAAUUUAAAAAUACAAUCAUAAAUACUCUAAAACAUAUAAUAAUCUAAAUCUGAUUAUACGAUAUUCAUGCAUUCUUUUGAAGUUCCUCAAAUUUAAAAUGUUAUUCACUUAUGUUAGACAAUUUGUGGACUCUGAAAACAAGAUGUUUUUUUCGCCCACCCCUCAUAAAAUUGUCUCUUACUCAAGAACAAAUGUGGAGACGACUAUAAAGAUUAAAUCUGAUCAAAUGUUGCUGUAUCAGGUCAGUGUCUUGAAAAUCAUUUUUAUACUUGACACUCACAGCCAAACCAAGACAAAAAGGGAGAAGAUUUUUCCCUUUUUCCAUUGUUGGUAUACUUUCAAAAUGUUUUAAAUCUGUUUGGCUCAUGCAGCUGCACUAAGUUGGACUAAAACUGAAUUUCAUUGGCCCUGGCGGGUGCGCCAACAUGCAGUAAUGUGACGACACUGACUCAAUCUAAUGAGCUAUAAGAUCCCCUCUCCCUCUCAACUUGAACAUUUCACUGUAGCCUGUGGUGUGUAUGUAUGUGUGUGUGUGUUCUGUAUCCAUUGAUGUAAAUGAUUUAUCAAUAAAUGCACUGUUAAAGGGAAAGAAACACAACACAGACAGGGUCUGACGUCUUAUUCAACAUGACAUGAAAAUCCCAACAUGGCUUCUUAAUUGUUAUUACACUGAAAGAUUUGAAGACACAUUUUUUACUUGUGUAUUUCAUGACAAACUUUGACAAAUCUCAUUUAAUAUCAGGUGCAAUCCAAAUGUGUUUAUGGCUGAGGGCUCUUAGGCUCAGGGUGUGACUUGCACUUGGAUGAUUGCUAUGAAACGUUAGUGCAAAUUUAAAGUGCAACUUUCAUUUUAACAAUUAAGAAACUGAGAGCAGAAAAAGAAAAAAAUCAGUUUAACUCAAUUUAAGGAUCCUCCUCACCAGUGGUCGAAUUGUUAAUUUUUAACAAGGGGGAUGCAAUGUAGCUUUGAUUUUUUUUGCGUGCACACAUCAUCAAAUAUGACAGCACAGAUGUGCAAAAUUAAUCAAGAUAAAGAAAAAUGGCAUGACCUAUACCUGCUGCCUUUAAAAACACAAAAAUGCAGUAGUAUUGCUAUUGCAUACAGACAAAAAAAAAACAUUUUAGAGAAAAAGAGUAGUUCUGAAAUAGCUGUGAAAAUUUAUCUUAGAGUCACUCUUAUCCUAUAGACAUUUCCUUAGCCAGUUAUAAUUUCUCCUUACUUGUGAAGCCUUGGGGGUAACUGGUGCUGCUGUCAGGUCCCUGUCCUGAUACCUGCCUGGUUUCUCCCUGUCCCUCUUCUAUCUAUUGCAAUAAUAUAGAUAAUAAAUGUGCAAAGCAAAAUUUAUAAAUAGAACUAAGAAUAGUAGGGGUGACAUAGCUGUGGAAAUUAACGUCAAAGUCACUUUUAUGCUAUAGAUAUUUUCUCUCAGCCAGUUAUAAUCUCUCCUCACCUGUGAAGACCCUGCAUGAUCAUCCUUGCUGGCCUCUGGUCCACUGUCUCCUCCCUGACCCUGCUCUUCAUAUUGUGGCAAUAAAGAUUAAAAAAAUAUGUGCAAAGCAAUAGUGAGCACAAGUUCUUAUUAAGGAGGAGUGGGUUUAUUCCUAGCAUGAAACUCGCUAGCAAGUGAUUCAAUAUAGGUAACAAUAACAUUAGUAUUCUUGUUAACUAGCUUAACUUGAUACAUUGGCAUCUAUUAAUUAGUCAUCAUUAAGCUAACAUUAUCUACAUGCAACAGCAUUACUCAACUUACACGGUUUGUUUGGAAGAAACUGCAAGGUUUUUUGCUUCUUUCUGGCCGGGGGACAGAGGGCACAGAUAUGGGAGGUGCACGGACAUGUCCCCUG